CGAGUGCGGUGCGUGGGGGGGUUUGCCUCGCGCUCGGAGCUCGGGCUGCAAUGAACACACCACUACAAAUCUGCUCUUGACCAUGUAACAGGAGUGCAGUUCACCAGAUCUUCACGAGCGAGUGCUGCGGCAGGCAUUCAGCAGGUGAAAAGUUUAACAAUGCACUGACCAACAGGAUCACAAGACCUGCCACAAUUGUCAAGAGAUGAAUGUUAUCGUCUGAAGGACCAGGCAGAUUACCUUUUUGGGAUGUGUAGAUGAACUAAAGCAAUCCGUCAUUCUGACUGAGGAUUCCAGCUGCAUUCAUGAAGCAUAAUUGUUAUUGGUUUGUGGCCAGUUUGAUUGGCUAAGUUUUCCUGGAGCUCUGUGAGCAGUUCUUUAAAUGGUCAUGGCAAAAACAACCGAGUCGCUUAAUUUGUCCUUCCUCCUGGAGCACGAAAGGCAGAUGAUCUUGGGUGUUCUCCAGAAAGACGAGAAACUCCGCAAAAGAGAGGAGAAACGCAUCAGGAAGUUGAAAAAUGAACUUCUGGAACUGAAGCGAGCCGGGCGGCGUAGUUCAGCGGAUCAACGCGAGUGUGCUAUAUGUCUGCGUGCUCUAGGUCUCAUCCUGCAGAGGGGUAAUGUGUGUACCAACUGUCAUCGGCGCAUCUGCAACUUCUGCACUGCUACGCCUCCAGGCAGCAACUGCAAAUGCACCAUGUGUGCGAAGACUGCGGAGCUGAAGGUGGUUACUGGAGAAUGGUUUCUGGAAGAGAGAUCCAAGAGGUUUCAACAUGCCAGCAUUACCAGCAGUGAUGUAGUCAAACAGUCAAUCCUCAGCAGUCCUCCAGAUGGAGGCUCUGCUCACAGAUCAUCAGAGAUGGAGAGAUCAUCCACGCCACAGUCUGAGAGAUCAGCUACACCCCAAUCCCAGAAAAGCACAGGGAAGAACAGGAAAGGGAAGAGAGCGGUUGCAGUGGAAUCAUCAGGGUUACCAACAGUACCCAAUAACAUGAGAGCACAAAUGGUCAAAACACCGACCCAGACGGAGGCAAGAAACAGGCCGGAUGGGGCAGAAAGCGUGUCUAGUAUACUAAGCAGUGACAGUGUUCUUGAAAAGAUGGCGGAUGGGCGGAGACAAACAGAUUCUAGCACACCCUCUAUCGCCAUAUCCAGAGCCUCCCUCUCAUCAGAUCACAGUUGCUCUGAGGUGGACCUCAGUAAUCCUGUUGAGGGGUUCAGUGAAGACCCUCUGAUUAGUCGAUGCCGCUCUGUUCCAGGCCUGAACGAUGUGGACUCAGAUGAGGACAUUGAUGCGGCGUUAUCAGCACACUAUAAAACCAACCGGAGCGUCUGCAGUGCGCAAUCAAUGUCUUCCACACCUGCCUCGGAGAGAAAGUGGGGUUUCCUAAAUGUACCUGACUCAGAUGCUGACACUACCAGCAUCAACAGUAUGAUGAGCGUGUACAGUGAGACGGGGGACUAUGGUAACGUGCGGGUUUCCGGGGAGAUCCUGCUCAACAUCUCUUACAGUUAUAAAACAGGGGCACUCAACGUGCUCGUCCGUGAGUGCCGCUGCCUAGCAACCGGGGAUGAUAGGAGACAGCGCACAGAUGCCUAUGUUAAAACAUAUCUCCUGCCAGACAAGUCCCGUCAAAGCAAGAUGAAAACCAGCAUCAAAAGCAACACCACUAACCCAGUGUUCAAUGAAAACCUGAGGUACGUGGUCAGUCACUCUCAGCUGGAGACACGCACACUGCAGGUUUCUGUGUGGCAUCAUGAUCGUUUUGGACACAACAGCUUCCUGGGGGAGGCCGAGCUGACCUUUGACUCCUGGGAGUUUGACAUGCAAAUAGAGGAGUGGUUCGCUCUGCAGCCCAGGAAUGAGUCUUAUGUGGACUCCGUGAUUCACUACAAAGGGGAACUGACGGUGGUUUUGAAGUACAUUCCUGCAGAGAGAAAUCUCUCCCUGCCUCUGGACCAAGUUCAAGUAAAAAAGGGAUUUCUAAAAGGAAAGAAGAAGGCCAUCACUCUCCCUAAAGGAGGAAUGGUGGAGCUGCUGGUUAAAGAGGCAAAAAGCCUGACAGCCGUCAAAGGAGGGUCCUCUGACCCGUUUGUCAAAGGAUACCUGUUGCCUGAUGACAAGAAAAGCACAAAGCACAAGACGGCCGUGGUGAAGCGCACUGUAAACCCACGCUGGAAUCACACCUUCACAUAUUGCGGCCUGCAGCACAGCGAUCUGGACAGCGUGUGUCUGGAGCUGACAGUGUGGGACAGAGAGCCGUUCGCCAGCAACGUCUUCCUGGGUGGUGUGCGGCUCGGGGCAGGAACAGGUCUGAGUUAUGGGAAAGAAGUAGAUUGGAACGAUGCCUACGGGGAGGAGCAGCGACUAUGGCAACGCAUGAUUGACAACCCUGAGGUCCUGCAAGAGUGCACACUGAUGCUGCGAUCCAGCAUGGCCAAAAGGAAAACAUAGAGAGAAAGAAAGAAAGAGAGUUUCCCUGGCAAUACUCAUCAAAUCUGAUAGACACUGUAAAGUGCUCUUUAUGUUCUUUGGCAGUACUCGCACUAGAUUCUCCCAGAUUCUCAUUCCAACAUUCAUAUGCACUCUAAAUUCUCAAAACACAUGCAUAUAUACACACAUAUGCACCUCUAAGGUUCUAUUUACACCUUCUUGGCUGACAGAUUGGCAUUUACACCUGAUGUUAACAGGUUUCUCAAAUGUGUCUCUUGUGACAACAUGGGAUCAGAUUUCAAAGGGAAGAAACUCAGAUUUUUAUGACUACACACAUUAUUUAUGUCAGUGCAGUACUGCAUGUUGAUAAAGCAUAAAACAUUUGAAAAAAGGAAGAGAAAAAAAUUGUACAAAGUCUCUUCCAAAUAUAUUGAAAUUUUAAUCUAAGCACAAACCAAUUUUCAAACUGCAUUCAUAAUUUUUUUUUAGUCGUGUGCCUGUAUUAAGCACCCUUCAAAAGUGUGUGCUUCAAAUGAUGUUGAUAUCAGGCUUACUGAAAAAUGUUUUUAAUUGGACAGUUGAUUUUAAAGCUACAUGAAACUAGCAGAGUUUUAAUUCUCUGCCACAGUGGAUGAUGGGCAGGUGUACACUGUCCUUCACUGACCUGUCUUCAUUUAGCACUGCCCGCUUGUGAUUGAACAGCUGAGACGAAUCUCAGACCAGGUGUAAAUGGUGCGACACGCUACACUCCAACCCAGGUGUUGUUAUAUUUUAAACCAAACACUCAUUGGUCAUAACUCUGAACAGCACAUGAGGACUAUUUCAAAAGAGCACAGUGAACAUUAUCAACAAUUAAAGGUCACAUUUGUCCUGAAAGAACAAAGCACAAAUCACUUCCUCCAAACACACACACACAAAAUAAAAAAAUUAAUCCAAUUUGCACAGAUAGCACCUGCAUGUAACGCUUGCACACAUGAGAACAAUGUACUGAAUGUGAUCAAUAAUUUCUAUGAGCACAUUUAUAUAGACAUGCACAGAUGUUAUGAUAAUCAUGUCAGAUCUGUCACAUACACGUACAUUUGGCUAGAGAGAGAGAGAGUGAUGCUGACUGUUAAAUUUCAUAGCUAGUUUUACCACAGUUUUAAAUGUAAAAAAACAAUAUCUGGGGCCAAUGUAAUUCAUUAUAUUGAACUAGAUUUACAGUUCCUCCAAGAAAUUCCAAUGUUUUUGGUAAAAUGAUUGUUGUAAACACAAAUGUAGAGUAGAUAAAGUAGGAAGAUUAGAUUUCUCCACCAUUAAAUGUUUCUACACCAUGUUUCAUAGUGACUAGUCACAAUUCAGCAUGCAAAUAUUACAUUGACAUCAUUGCUAUCAGGUAGAUUUCCCCAUUUGCCACUGAUCUAUCACACACAUAUCACCCCACUCUGAAGGAAAAAAAUGACUAUGUACUAUAAUAUAAUCGAAACCAAAAAUUCAAAGAAAAACUAAGACUAAAAUCAUCUAUAAAAACGUAUGAUUUGAGUUGAAUUUAUAGCAUAAAAGUGGAUAGAAAUACAGAAAAGGAUCACAAAACACACAGACACACACAUACAUACAUAUGCACACAUAUUGCAUAAGUACAAUGCUUAGAGCCCCUAUAUUGAGUUUUGAGCCGAGUUUAAUAGAUAAUUCCCCAGUUGAUGCUAUUGAGCUAUCAUGUCACUGUGAGGUCUCCAUGAAUGUGUCCUUAAUACCUAUAAUACUUUUGUUAGCAUCAGUCAAGUGAAUAGACCUUAUAGACAACUUACUGUAUAGUAAAUUUAGAUUUUGUGGCAUGUAUAAGGCUCAGUGUUUGACAUCCAAGUGUUACCGUGUCUAAUAUCGUCUGAAGCUGUUUGAUUCACAGCAUGUUCAGUGUGUGUGUGCUGUUUCCACUCUCAUCAGGAAGACAGUGUUUAGGAUUGUUCUGUACUGUACUUUAU